AUGAUGUGGCAAAAAUGAAACGAUUUAUUUCAUCUAUCCAAUGCCAUUUACACUAGCACAUUUAAAUCACAUCUAAAAUAUUAAGAAACCAAACGCCCACAUACAUCAAAUCUCAGCUUCGCGCAUCGUCCCCUCGGUUAACAAAAUCGCUGAAAUCGCAAAUGUCCUUCCGCCGCAAAGUCCGCGCUGCUGCUUCCGGAUUGUCAGUCUGAGCUGUUUCCGCCGCCAUUGCGGGUCUGAGCGAGUACCAUCCGUGCAGAGAGGGAAGAAAAAAACAACAUCAACCAUCUGGCGGAUCGGCUUGACACGACGAAAUCGAGACACUUGCAUUUUCCAUCUGAUAAAACCGGCAGUCCUGCACUCGGUCUGUUUUAAAUCGGGGCUGUCCGUGGAGAGGAGGUCGUCGGUCGCUAAAGCUAGGCAGAAAUAUUGCGAGGAGUCCGGCCGGGAGGAUUGAGAACAGAAAGCCCUAACCAUGGCUCAGAUCCUGCCUAUUCGCUUUCAGGAGCACCUGCAGCUCCAGAACCUGGGCAUAAACCCAGCGAACAUUGGGUUCAGCACCCUCACGAUGGAGUCGGAUAAGUUUAUCUGUAUCCGGGAAAAGGUGGGCGAGCAGGCCCAGGUGGUGAUUAUUGACAUGAGCGAUCCGAAUACUCCCAUCCGCAGGCCCAUCUCUGCAGACAGUGCCAUUAUGAACCCAGCCAGCAAAGUCAUUGCUCUUAAAGCUGCAAAAACCCUUCAGAUUUUCAACAUUGAGAUGAAGAGUAAGAUGAAGGCCCACACCAUGACCGAAGAUGUUACAUUUUGGAAGUGGAUCUCUCUCAAUACCGUAGCACUUGUGACGGACAAUGCCGUCUAUCACUGGAGUAUGGAAGGAGACUCGCAGCCUAUCAAAGUCUUUGACCGACAUUCAAGUUUAGCGGGCUGUCAGAUUAUUAACUACCGCACUGACGCCAAACAGAAAUGGUUGCUUCUAAUUGGAAUUUCAGCACAGCAAAACCGUGUUGUGGGUGCAAUGCAGCUUUACUCAGUGGACAGAAAGGUGUCACAGCCAAUUGAAGGCCACGCUGCUGGGUUUGCACAGUUUAAAAUGGAGGGGAAUGCAGAGGAAUCCACACUUUUUUGCUUUGCUGUUCGGGGACAAGCUGGAGGAAAGUUGCACAUUAUAGAGGUUGGGACACCUCCAUCAGGUAAUCAGCCUUUUCCAAAGAAAGCAGUGGACGUAUUCUUCCCUCCAGAAGCCCAGAAUGACUUCCCAGUUGCUAUGCAGAUAAGCUCCAAGCAUGAUGUUGUGUUUCUCAUCACCAAAUAUGGAUACAUCCACUUGUAUGACCUUGAGACCGGCACGUGCAUCUAUAUGAACAGGAUCAGCGGAGAAACCAUUUUUGUAACGGCCCCUCAUGAAGCCACUUCUGGAAUCAUCGGCGUCAACCGGAAAGGACAGGUGCUGUCCGUGUGCGUGGAGGAAGAGAACAUCAUCCCUUACAUCACCAAUGUUCUGCAGAACCCCGACCUGGCCCUCAGGAUGGCCGUCCGCAAUAACUUGGCAGGUGCCGAGGAACUCUUUGCCCGCAAAUUCAACAACCUUUUUGCUGGUGGCAACUACUCUGAGGCUGCCAAAGUGGCUGCAAAUGCACCGAAGGGCAUUCUGCGCACUCCAGACACCAUUCGUCGCUUCCAGAGCGUUCCGGCUCAGCCCGGUCAGACCUCUCCCCUGCUGCAGUAUUUUGGGAUACUGUUAGACCAGGGCCAGCUGAACAAGUUCGAAUCAUUGGAGCUAUGCAGGCCAGUUUUACAGCAAGGCCGCAAGCAGCUCCUGGAGAAGUGGCUAAAGGAGGAUAAGCUGGAGUGCUCUGAGGAACUGGGGGAUCUGGUGAAGUCUGUAGACCCGACUCUUGCGCUCAGCGUUUAUCUAAGGGCCAAUGUUCCCAACAAAGUUAUCCAGUGUUUUGCCGAAACUGGACAGUUCCAGAAAAUUGUACUGUAUGCGAAAAAGGUUGGCUACACUCCAGAUUGGAUCUUCCUGUUGAGGAACGUGAUGAGGAUCAGUCCAGAACAAGGUCUGCAGUUUUCUCAAAUGCUCGUUCAAGAUGAAGAACCUUUGGCUGACAUUACUCAGAUUGUGGACGUUUUUAUGGAAUAUAAUCUGAUACAGCAGUGCACAUCUUUCUUGUUGGACGCCUUGAAGAACAACCGCCCCACCGAGGGUCCUUUGCAGACUCGUCUUUUGGAGAUGAACCUGAUGCAUGCUCCACAGGUGGCUGAUGCUAUUUUGGGCAACCAGAUGUUCACUCACUAUGACCGCGCACAUGUGGCUCAGCUGUGUGAGAAGGCAGGUCUUCUGCAGAGAGCUCUGGAGCACUACACCGACCUGUAUGAUAUCAAACGGGCUGUGGUUCACACCCAUCUGCUUAACCCCGAGUGGCUGGUGAAUUUUUUUGGCUCUUUGUCGGUGGAGGACUCUUUGGAGUGUCUGAGAGCAAUGUUGUCUGCCAACAUUAGGCAGAACCUUCAGAUAUGCGUCCAGGUGGCCUCCAAGUAUCACGAGCAGCUCUCCACCCAGGGCCUAACCGAACUCUUCGAGUCCUUCAAGAGCUUUGAGGGUCUGUUCUACUUCCUGGGCUCCAUUGUGAACUUCAGCCAGGAUCCAGAGGUUCAUUUUAAAUAUAUCCAGGCUGCCUGCAAAACUGGUCAAAUUAAAGAAGUUGAGAGAAUCUGCAGAGAGAGCAACUGUUACGAUCCUGAGCGCGUAAAGAACUUUCUUAAGGAGGCGAAACUAACCGACCAGCUGCCCCUCAUUAUUGUAUGUGACCGCUUUGACUUUGUCCACGACCUUGUGCUCUACCUGUAUCGCAACAACCUGCAGAAGUACAUUGAGAUCUACGUGCAAAAGGUGAACCCCAGCCGUCUGCCUGUGGUGAUCGGAGGGUUGUUGGAUGUGGACUGCUCUGAGGACGUCAUCAAAAACCUCAUUCUGGUGGUCAGAGGGCAGUUUUCUACUGAUGAACUGGUGGCCGAGGUGGAGAAAAGGAACAGACUGAAGCUGCUCCUACCGUGGUUGGAGGCUCGUAUCCAUGAGGGAUGUGAAGAACCGGCUACCCAUAAUGCUCUGGCUAAGAUCUACAUCGACAGCAACAACAACCCUGAGCGCUUCCUCCGAGAGAACCCUUUCUAUGACAGUCGCGUGGUGGGCAAAUACUGCGAGAAGAGGGACCCUCAUCUAGCCUGUGUGGCUUACGAGAGAGGACAGUGUGACCAAGAGCUCAUCCAUGUUUGCAACGAGAAUUCUCUCUUCAAAAGUCUUUCCCGAUACCUUGUUCGUCGAAAGGAUCCUGAGCUGUGGGCUAGUGUGCUUCUGGAAAGCAAUCCCUACAGGAGACCUUUGAUCGACCAGGUUGUUCAGACCGCCCUCUCUGAGACCCAAGACCCCGAGGAGGUCUCUGUUACUGUCAAAGCUUUCAUGACCGCCGACCUGCCCAAUGAGCUCAUUGAACUUCUGGAGAAGAUUGUCCUGGACAACUCGGUGUUCAGCGAACACAGGAACCUGCAAAACCUUCUGAUCCUGACCGCCAUCAAAGCAGACCGCACUCGUGUCAUGGAGUACAUCAACCGCCUGGACAAUUACGACGCCCCAGACAUCGCUAACAUUGCCAUCAGCAAUGAGCUCUUCGAAGAGGCUUUCGCAAUCUUCAGGAAAUUUGACGUGAACACAUCAGCAGUACAGGUUCUUAUCGAGCACAUUGGCAAUCUGGACCGAGCCUAUGAGUUUGCUGAGCGCUGUAAUGAGCCUGCGGUGUGGAGUCAGUUGGCUAAAGCUCAGCUGCAGAAGGGUUUGGUAAAGGAGGCCAUUGACUCGUACAUCAAAGCUGAUGAUCCUUCAGCGUACAUGGAAGUGGGACAAGCUGCGGCACAAAGCGGAAACUGGGAGGAUCUGGUGAAGUUCCUGCAGAUGGCUCGUAAGAAGGCCCGGGAAUCGUACGUGGAGACCGAGCUGAUCUUUGCCUUGGCUAAGACCAACCGCCUGGCUGAACUGGAAGAGUUUAUAAAUGGGCCUAACAACGCACACAUCCAACAAGUUGGUGACCGAUGCUACGAUGAAAAGAUGUACGAGGCAGCUAAACUACUUUAUAACAACGUGUCCAACUUUGGGCGCCUGGCUUCGACUCUGGUGCAUCUCGGCGAGUAUCAGGCGGCUGUCGACGGAGCCCGCAAAGCCAACAGCACGAGGACCUGGAAAGAGGUUUGCUUCGCCUGUGUUGAUGGAAAGGAGUUUCGCUUGGCUCAGAUGUGUGGAUUGCAUAUUGUUGUACAUGCUGACGAACUUGAGGAGCUCAUCAACUAUUACCAGGACCGUGGAUAUUUCGAGGAGCUGAUCACUAUGUUGGAGGCGGCGCUCGGGCUGGAGCGUGCUCACAUGGGGAUGUUUACAGAGCUGGCUAUCCUAUACUCCAAAUUUAAACCGCAGAAGAUGAGGGAGCACCUGGAGCUCUUCUGGUCCAGGGUCAACAUUCCCAAGGUUUUGAGAGCAGCUGAGCAGGCUCACCUAUGGGGAGAGCUAGUCUUCCUGUACGAUAAAUAUGAGGAGUAUGACAAUGCUAUUAUCACUAUGAUGAACCAUCCGGCAGAUGCCUGGAAGGAGAGUCAGUUUAAAGACAUCAUAACCAAGUAUUGUUGUCUUUUGCAGGUGGCCAAUGUUGAGCUGUACUAUAAAGCCAUUCAGUUUUAUCUGGAGUUUAAACCUUUGUUACUGAACGACCUGCUGAUCGUACUUUCCCCGCGACUUGACCACACCCGUGCCGUCAACUUCUUCAGCAAGGUCAAACAGUUGUCAUUGGUGAAGCCGUACCUGCGGUCUGUACAGAACCACAAUAACAAGAGUGUAAAUGAGGCACUAAAUAAUCUCUUCAUCACAGAAGAAGAUUACCAGGCUCUGCGCACAUCUAUUGACGCCUACGACAACUUCGACAACAUCUCUCUGGCUCAGAGCCUGGAGAAGCACGAACUCAUCGAGUUCAGGCGAAUCGCCGCCUACCUCUUCAAAGGCAACAACCGCUGGAAGCAAAGUGUGGAGCUUUGCAAGAAAGACAAACUCUACAAGGAUGCAAUGCAGUACGCUUCAGAGUCUAAAGACAUUGAGCUGGCUGAGGAGCUUCUACAGUGGUUCUUGGAAGAAGACAAGAAAGAGUGUUUUGCUGCCUGCCUCUUCACCUGCUAUGACCUGCUAAGGCCCGAUGUGGUGCUGGAGACCGCAUGGAGGCACAACCUCAUGGACUUCUCCAUGCCCUACUUCAUUCAGGUCAUGAGGGAGUACCUCUCCAAGGUUGAUGCAAUUAAGGAAAAGGUUGAUAAAUUGGAUGCUUCAGAGUCUUUGAGGAAAGAGGAAGAGCAACUCACAGAGGCACAACCCAUCGUCUAUGGCACACCCCAGCUAAUGCUCACUGCAGGCCCCAAUGUCGCUGUACCCCCACAGCAGCCUUACGGCUACGGCUACCCCACAGCGCCUGGCUACGGCCAACCCGCACAGCCAGGCUUUGGCUAUGGCAUGUAGAGUCCUCCUGCCUGCAGCUGUCCAUCCAACUCUCCUUAAGUUUCUUACUAGCUUAUUGUGGUCUACUCACAAGGUUAUAUAAAGUAAAAAAGGAUACACGUUUUAAAUUAUUUUCCUUGAAAUGCAACGAAGGACAUUUUUAUUUGUGUUGUCAAAGAAAAUAAUCGGACCACAUCUUUUGUUAUUUCACAUUCCAUAUUUAAGGCUACUACGUUUUCUUUCUUGGAGGCAAUUUUUUUUUAAGGGGGCAUGGGUUGUGUAUGUAAGUCGAGUUGUGAGACGAGCAAUUAACCUUAAAAUAUGUCAUGAAGCAUCUGAUUUGCACUCUUGUGAGAGGAAACUAAUGUAGAACUCUUAAUUUUGAUGUAUUGUAUGUGAAGAGCUUACACUGUCAAUCUGUUUAAUGCAUUUCAUUAUUGUAUAUUCUGAAAAAGGUUAAAACAAUAUUUGAACAUGAUCGUAUGCAUCCAUGGGUACAUUUAGCUAACACUAAGUAAUAAUCUGAUAUUCUACACAAAUAUGUAGCUGUAUGGAAAUUUUAAGUGCAUACAGACAUGAAUAUAGUAAACGAUUUUAAUCCCUUAGCCGAAACUGGUUCCCCGAUCAACCUCGUAGUUGUAAACAUCUCAUUCACUCCAUGUGUAACAGGUGACCUUUCCUUGUAUUGAAUACAGUACUCUUUCUUGUGUGAAUCCAUUUCCAUAAAUGAGCAAGGGAUACAUUGAUCCUUCUGACUUCUGUGUUUACUCAUCCAGUUCUUUGUAUUAAGGUUCGUGUGUGUGUGUGUGCCAGUUGUUGUGCUGUUCUAGCUCAAUAUUUGCAGUGUACAGAAGAAUUAAUACACAAUGGAUACCAAUUCUUUGUCCUCCUGUAAGUUUGUGUGCGAUCUGCAGAUCGUAAAAUAGAGGAAUACAUUUACAGGAUUGUGAUUAUUUUGGUGGCUUGAUUGUAAAUUGGCAAAGAUUAAAAUGAAACUCAUCCAUUCUCCAUCAUA